UUCGUCAUCGCCGACCAAAACUAGAACACAAACUUUCGCUUCAACCGUCACUACCCCACCGAUACUCCUUUCCUCAACCUCCGAUUUACAGAUCUUAACAAAUCCCCAAUUUUUCAUUCUACUAAAUGACAACACCCACCUGAAAACAAGUAGAAAUGCAAUCCUUUUUCGUCUUCUUCAUCACCUUUCUUUCAAUUUGGGGAAAUAAUUUCAUAAAACACUGCUAUGCAAGCGUCUUCACCUUAAAGAUGCACCACCGUUUCUCGGAGCCGGUGCGAAAGUGGUCGGAAAGCAUUAACAAACUCUCCACUACCGAUUUCCCUUCCAAAGGUAGCGUCGAGUUCUAUUCUCAGUUGGCCGACCACGACAGGUUAUUCCGAGGCCGGGGACUUUCAGAUUCCGGCGAACAACAGCUCACUUUCGUAGAUGGGAAUUCCAGUUUACGCAUCAAAUCGUUGGGAUAUUUGCAUUACACAACGGUUUCUCUAGGGACACCAGGCCAGAAGUUUUUGGUGGCGCUUGAUACCGGAAGUGAUCUAUUUUGGGUGCCAUGUGAGUGCAGCAGAUGUGCCUCCAUUGAUAACACACCUUAUAGCUCUAAAUUUAACAUGAGCAUAUACAACCCAAAGGAAUCAUCAACUAGCAAAAAAGUAACUUGCAACCACAGAAUGUGCACUGCCAGCUGUCCUGGAAGUGGCACAGUCAGCACUUGCCCUUAUUCAUCUUCUUACAUCUCCUCUCAAACUUCAACUUCUGGAAUCUUGAUGGAGGAUUUCCUUCACCUAGAAACAGAUGAUAUUAAUGAACAAAUUGUCAAUGCAUUUAUCACUUUCGGAUGUGGACAAGUUCAAAGUGGUUCAUUUCUACACAUUGCAGCUCCAAAUGGUCUAUUUGGGCUUGGAAUGGAGAAAAUAUCAGUUCCUAGUUUGUUAGCAAGAGAAGGAUACAUUGCAAAUUCUUUUUCCAUGUGUUUUGCACAUGAUGGAAGUGGUAGGAUUAGUUUUGGUGAUAAAGGUAGCAUUCAUCAACAAGAGACACCGUUUAGUUUUGAUGCAUCACACCCGACAUAUACAAUCACAGCAACACAACUUCGUGUUGGUGAAUCUCUUAUAAACUCAAGUUUCAGUGCCCUUUUUGAUUCGGGCACCUCCUUCACAUAUCUUGUUGACCCACAUUACACAAGGUUGACCAAAAUGUUUCACGCACAAACUAAAGAUUCACGAAGGCUAACUGAUAAAAAGAUUCCUUUUGAAUAUUGUUAUGCUAUGAGUCCUAAUGCAAACACUAGUCUACUCCCGGAUGUUACUUUGACCAUGAAAGGCGAAGGUCAAUUUUUUAUCUACAAUCCCGUAAUUGUCCUCCCGACUCAUCCGGAAGUUAUAUAUUGUCUAGCUGUUAUCAAGAAUGAAGAAAUGAGCAUCAUUGGACAAAAUUUCAUGACUGGCUACCGAAUCGUAUUUGAUAGAGAGAAACUUGUUCUUGGGUGGAAGAAGUCGAGUUGUUAUGACAUUGAUAACUCAAAUGCUUACUCAUCAAAGCCGUUAAACAGUGAGAUUAUUCCUCAUGCUGUUGCUGCUGGAUUUGAAAGUGAAGGGAAUAAUAGAACAAGAGCUCGAAGCUCUAACGCAUCAUUUCUUCAUGCAAAUUUUUGUUUUUUGACUUUCACAAAGGCAGUGAGUGAUGCUGCAUCAAAUGACAAAAAGGUCCCUGCAGCACUACUAAGGAUGCACUUCCACGACUGUUUCAUAAGGGGUUGUGACGCUUCUGUUUUGCUGGAUUCCAAGGGCAAAAACACCGCUGAAAAAGAUGGCCCACCUAAUGUUUCUUUGCAUGCAUUUUAUGUAAUCGACAAUGCUAAAAAAGCAGUUGAAUCCGCAUGCCCAGGAAUAGUUUCGUGUGCUGAUAUCUUAGCUCUAGCAGCAAGAGAUUCAGUUGUGCUUUCUGGAGGACCAUCUUGGGAUGUGCCAAAAGGAAGAAAAGAUGGAAGAACAUCGAAGGCUAGUGAAACUAUACAACUCCCGGCUCCUACAUUCAACAUAUCUCAACUUCAAAAAAGCUUCGCUCAGAGAGGUCUAUCCCUAGAAGACCUAGUUGCCCUUUCAGGUGGGCAUACUCUUGGUUUCUCGCAUUGUUCAUCAUUCAAAAAUAGGAUCCACAACUUCAACUCCACAACAGAUAUUGACCCUUCACUCCAGCCUUCAUUUGCUGCAAGUUUAAAAAGUGUUUGCCCAGUUAAAAAUGCAAAGAAUGCAGGAGUUCCAAUGGAUCCUUCUUCUACAAGUUUUGAUAAUACAUACUACAAACUCCUCUUUCAGCAAAAGGCUUUAUUUUCUUCGGACAAAGCUUUGCUUGAUUUCCCUAAAACUAAAAAUUUGGCAUCUAAGUUUGCAAGCUCAAAAGAUGCGUUCACAAAGGCGUUUAUAAAGUCAAUGAUUAAGAUGAGUAGUAUUACAGGUGGUCAGGAGGUUAGAAAGAACUGUAAGGUGGUAAACUAGAUUGCAUACGAAGAUUUAUAUGUACUUUUGUGUGGUGAGAUAAGUUUAUAAGAUAAAGGGGAAGCCCAGUGCACC